UGUUUCCAUUUUGGGUAAAACACACGCACCACUAAAGUCUCCUGAAAAGCGAAGAAAUCACCAUGAAGGGACUUGUGUUCGCUGUCGCCGUGGCUCUUGCCUGCUGUGUCACUACAUGCGCAGCGCUAAAGUGCCGUUCGUGCACACUGAAAAACACCAAGGGGGAGUGCGAAAAGGCGUCACUGACCACCUGCACCCAAUCUACCCCCGUGUGCUGGACUACCCAAACCAAGGCUCCGAUCAUUGGGGAGAAAUGGAACAGCCGCUGUGCAACAAAGUCCGCGUGUGAAACAGCCAGGAAAGCCAACCCUACCGUGUGCAAACCCACGGAGGACAUAUUCACCUGCCAAUUCUGCUGCAGCACCGACGGCUGCGUGGGGGGUGCCUCCGCCGCUCGGAUCAGCGUCGUCGCCAUGGCAACCGCCGCCCUGGUCGUCCUCCUGAAGAACGCUGCGGGCUUCUAGUCGCGCGUCGCCAUGACGACGGGUGACGUCAAACGAGGACGUCAUUUCCGCUAAAAGCAAAUGCAUCUGAUUCGCCUGCUGUAGGCUUUUUUGAUAGAUAAUUUUGAGCAAGACAAGAGAGAUGUUAGUCUCUACCAGUCUCCAACGGUUUAUACUGGAAAAAUACUACAAAUUGGCCACAUAUACACAGAUUGAAUUAUAUACUCAAGUAGUUAACCGGCGUUAACUUUGCAAUUUGCAAAUUGUAGUUCUAUGACCGGCUAGCUCCUCUGGUACAUUAUUCAGUCUACUUUGUAAAAUUUCUACCAUUUUUUAACCCUUGGAGUCUGGAGGAGUAAUCUUAGUCCACCUAUCACAGACUACACUUUUGAUUAGCAGGGGGCGGGGCGUGUGGCUUAGUCUGACGUUAACAAUUCAAUUUCUAGUCUAAAAUGUCUAAAAAGAUUGAUUAAUUAAAUAAAGAAUAAAGAUAAGAAAUUAAAUGUUUUUUUCCAACCAUUUUAACAAGAUCUUCCGUCUUUUGUAAUCUUCCAUGUCAAAUACGUACGAUAAUUCUUCUUUAACACAACUAAAUUACUUCGAUGUAGGUUUCCAUCUUCCAUGAAAACUCCACUUGGUGGAAAUAUAGUGUUAUUUGCCCACCAAACACUGUAGAGAAGCCUGGUGUCCGCUUGCGCCAAAAUAAACUGGGUUAAAACAAG